CCACAACCCUUCACACAACCGUCCGCUUUGCUUAUAGUAGAUCGUUCUUGAUGAAAAUCAAUUUUUAUUUAUCUGAAGCAUUGCUUUAUUAAGAUAAAUACAUGUCAUAUUGUCCUAUCUUCACAGUUUAAAGUGCAUAGGAGUUUGGUGGUGGCUGCGUGUGCGCUGCGUCGAUUGCGCAACGGUCGCACCGCGCACCGGUUUCGCGCCGCCGCACAAGCCGACUCAAGUUCUUGGCAACGCUAACCUCUUUCAAGUUUACUCGUUUGUGAUUUUGCUAGCCAAUGAGUAUGCAGUACAUAUACCAUGAGUAAGAUUCUUCAGAUCGAACAUCAAAAUCCCUUUUUACUAGUAGGGAUGGACAAGAUACGACUCUCCGUUCAAUCUUCUACCAAAAUCUUCCAGAGCGUCCGAAUUCGAAUCAAACGUGACGCAAUAACACCCCAUUUCGACCGUAUGAUGAAUUGUGAUGUUGCAAGAGCACAGAAUGCUUCGUUGCAUGAAUUAAACGUCGGAAAAUUCUCAAGCAUACAUGUUUACGUGUACCUAUACCGGUUGUCAAAAGGCUGUGGUGUGGAGCGAGCGCGGGUGUGGAGUGGGGCUCGCGGGGUCGGGCAGGGUACAGCGACCGCAAUAGCGCUGAGCGUUGCCGCACCGCGCCUGCGCGGGCACCAUUGCCAAGAUCACGGACCGCGCUUGCGCAGCGAAUGUCAGCCACGUCACGAUCGAGCUUUGUGCUAUCGCGAUUGGAUCGUUUGAAUUUAGAACUGGGAACGCAAUCACGAUUCGUCUGUUGAAUUGUUAUAGCCGUGCCUAAAUCAGAAAGAAUAUUUCAUGGAAUGCUUUUAUUCAACUGGUACUUAAGUUGUUAUUGUGUUUUAUCAUGAAUACAGAAUGUUGAUAGGUAUUUCGUGUUUCCCAUUUUAAUAAAUUCAAAUUUUUGUCUUGUUGAAUUCAUAAAAUUCAUUUCAAUGGC